AUGUGGCGAAUCUCAGCCUCCGUUUUCCUCUCCCUAUGCCUCGCCGUUUCCGUCUUCACCGUCUCUUCGUCGUCGGAGGCGACGUGUUCCGGUAUAGUCCCAUUACGGUACAGGAACGAUAAGAUCUCGAUUACGGAUUUUGGCGGCGUCGGAGAUGGUAGGACGGUGAACACGAAGGCGUUUAGGGCGGCGAUUUAUCGGAUUCAGCAUCUGAAAAGGAGAGGAGGUACGGUUCUGUAUAUACCUCCGGGAGUGUUUUUGACGGAGAGCUUCAAUCUCACUAGUCAUAUGACUCUUUACUUGGCUAGAGGUGCUGUAAUCAGAGCUGUUCAGGAUACAUGGAAUUGGCCAUUGAUUGAUCCAUUGCCAUCUUAUGGAAGAGGAAGGGAAUUACCAGGAGGACGGUAUAUGAGCUUUAUUCAUGGUGAUGGCCUUCGUGAUGUAGUCAUCACCGGACAUAACGGGACAAUAGAUGGUCAAGGAGAAGUGUGGUGGAACCUGUGGCGCAGUAGAACUCUAAAGUUCACAAGACCGAAUCUAAUCGAGUUCAAGAAUUCAAAGGAGAUCAUAAUCUCCAAUGUUAUUUUCCAGAAUUCACCCUUCUGGAACAUUCAUCCUGUGUAUUGCAGCAAUGUGGUCAUCCAUCACGUUACCAUCUUAGCUCCACAAGAUUCGCCCAACACCGAUGGAAUCGAUCCAGAUUCCAGCUUCAACGUCUGCAUAGAAGACUCCUACAUCUCAACAGGAGACGACCUUGUUGCUAUAAAAAGCGGUUGGGACGAAUACGGGAUCGCUUUUGGCCGUCCAAGCUCAAACAUAACAAUCCGCCGCAUCACAGGAUCUUCCCCGUUUGCAGGUAUCGCAAUAGGAAGCGAAACAUCAGGAGGAAUCAAGAACAUCUUAGCAGAACACAUAAGUCUCUCCAAUAUGGGCGUUGGAGUCAACAUCAAGACAAACAUUGGUCGUGGAGGAUACAUCAAAAACAUCAAAAUCUCUAAUGUCUAUGUCGAAAACGCAAGGUACGGGAUCAAGAUCGCCGGGGACACUGGAGAUCACCCGGACGCAAACUAUAACCUGAACGCUCUUCCAGUCGUUAAGGGAAUACAUAUCAAGAACGUUUGGGGAGUUAACGUUCAAAACGCUGGCUCAAUUCAAGGUCUUAAGGGCUCACCUUUUACAGGGAUAUGUUUGAGUGAGAUAAAUCUACAUGGAAGCUUGAAUUCGUAUCGGACGUGGAAGUGUUCUGAUGUUAUUGGAACUUCACUGAAGGUUAGUCCUUGGCCGUGUUCGGAGCUGAGAACUACCGGCGGAUCUAAUUCCUGUUCUUCCAUUUUCUGA